GUUUAGCUUAAUACAUGGAACCAGACCAAAGACUAUUUAUAAGACAAAUGAAGCAUUCUCCAGCUACUAAACCAGUCUCAUUCAUCCCCCUAGGUGCUCAAAGCUACUCUAAAUCUCCUCGAGUCAGCUCAAAAAUCCACAUCUUUAAUUUCCCUCCAAUUGUUGCCCCAAAGCAUACCCCAAAACCACUGAACUUCCGACGCCCAAAGUUCAGCUAUAAUGGAAGGAAAGUGUUUAGUGAAAGAAAGCAGAAGAAGAAAAUUGGAUGGUUAAGUGGAAAUAUGAACAAGAAACAGCAUUCCACAGCAAAAUAAAGUCUUAAAACCAUACUCAAACCUCGUAAAUAAGAUGAAAAGAGGCUCACACAAAACAAGAGAAGACAAGAGGCUUGCAAUCCAAGGAACUAUAUUAACUACCCUAUAAACUCUAAGCCUAUAGCCAAAAGUACUGGCAAAAGAAUAAUCUUCACUGAAAAUCAAAGUCUUCCUCCUCUACACAUCUCCCAAAGCCAAUCCAAAAUUCCUGAUUCUAUAUUAUCAAAUUGCCUAAAGGAUCAAAAAUUGCACCCACAAAAAAUAUUCAUUUCUCCGAUCAAACCAUCCAAGAACUGACAAAAGGAUAUGCUCAAUUUGAUUUAACAAAUGGAAGAGCCUUAUUAUACAUAAUUUGUGGCUUUAUUUUUCUGGUACUAAAGCAAGAUUAGAAGUAAUCAUAAAGAGGAACCUUCAGAGAGCUCUGUCUUACUUCAACAGAAAGAAAAGAAUGCUGCAGAAAGCUAUGAAUAAACUCAGUCAGAUUUAUUUGGAUUAUAAACAGAAGAAACUCAAGCGAAGCAUAGAAAAAGUUGGUAUUUCAGUUGAAGAUACUGAGCAAAAAGCCGAUAAUGAAAUUCUUAGUGACAGUAGCUCUGAUUUUAGUCGGGGUGAUGAAGAGGUUGAAGCUGACAACCCAAUCGACAAGACCAGUUCUGCCUUCGCCUCCUCUGUCACGUACAAGCUCGAGAAAGCCAAUAGCCUUCUUCUGGAGAAGAAGACCAAAGCUAAUAAGCAAGAGCUCGAAGUUAUCCCUGAAGCAAGCUUCAGGCUAGAAGACACUGUUGCUAAGAGAAAUUAAAGAGUUAGUAAAGAGAAAGAGGUGGACUGGGAAGGAGAGAGUUAACAGGUCAAACGCAUUUUUAUUUAUUUCAAUAUUGU